AUGUAUGAUACGGGAUGUUUUUCAACAAAUGGAUUCUAUCCAACAACAUCAUCUUGUUCAUCGAAUACUUCUUCACCCGAUUCAUUAAAACAUCAACGUUUACUUGUUACUGCAACACCUUCACCACCAAAUCUAUCUCAACAAUAUUUCCAACCACAACCACAACAACAACAGUAUCUUUUUGAUCAUCAUCGUUUUCGUUUUAAUCCUAAUAAUAAUAAUAAUAAUAAUAAUAAUAAUAAUAAUAAUAAUAAUAAUAGUAAUUCGAAUGGUAGUAAUGAAAUACAUUCAUCCUCAUCAUCGUCAACAACGUCCAGUCAUGAUCAAUUACAUCUAUGGCUUGCUGCUCAAUCAUCAGGGCAGCAACCUCAGCAGUCGAGUCCUGCAACAGUGAGAAUGAUCUCAGAGAACGGACCAGCUUUUCCAUUACCAUUACAUUUACCACCUGGACAUAUGGUUCAACAAGUUCUUGACGAGAAUGGUGUACUGACACAUGUUAUUAUGUCACAACCAGCACCACCGCCACCUCCACCACCACCUCCUCAUCAUCAUGUGCAUACCGGUUAUUCUCCAUCACCAUACAAUGGACUUUAUGGUCAUCCACAUCGAUAUCAUAAUCCAAAUGUAUAUGGACCAUAUACAGGAGAUACAUUAACAUAUCCUCCACGUUCUGCUUGUAAUCAUACAUCAUCACCUACAAAUCCUUCACAAUGUCUAUUACAUCCAUCUGAAAGCAAUAGUUCGCCAACGACGACAACAGGAGGUAGUAAUACAUCUAUAAUAACAACAACACCUAAUUCAACAAAUAAUCAACAACGUCGUUCACCUGUAUAUAAUACAAAUACGAAUAGUUGUACAACAACAGGCGGAACAUCUCAUACACGAACAUUAAAUAUUAGUGGACAAAAACGACGUAUACCACAAUCUCAUACAAAUACAAAUUCAUAUGUAAAUAAUAUUAGCAUGAAUGGUUCUGAUAAAUCUCAACAACAACAACAACAACAACAACAUCAUCAUCAUCAUCAUCAUCAUCCACCAUUACCAACACAUUAUUCACCAUUCUAUUCCGAAAUGGUUGUUCCAUCAACAACUGAACCUGUUGAUUUAGCUGCUGCAGCUGAAUAUGAUAAAGAACGACAAACAAUUGAAAAAUGUUUAUCGAAAUUAUCUCCACCAAUUAUUCAAGAUAUUGAAAGUCGAAGUGCAUUAGUAAGAAUACAACCUCCAAAUUUAACAUCACCUCAAUCGGAUUAUUCCAUUGAUUUUACUAAUCUUAUUUACGAAUUAUUAUUGUCAGAUAAAGGCAAAGAUGCCAAAUAUAAACAAGUUUAUUGUGGUGAUGCCAAUGAAAUAACUUUAAAAGAUCUGAAACCAGCUACUGAAUAUCAUUUAAAAGUAUGUGCAUGUAUUGAUUCAUGUAAAGGUGAAUAUACAAAUCCAGUUCCAUUUACUACUGAACAAUGUGAACCUGAUAGACCUCUACCACCAAAAUUACUUGGUAGUCGACUAAAAAAUUCUUUAACAUUAAAAUGGACAGCUACAAAUGAUAAUGGAUCAAAAAUUUUGAAUUAUAUUCUUGAAUAUGAUGAAGGUAAAGGCCGAGAAUUUAUUGAAAUAUAUCGUGGUAUAAAAAAACAAUUUAUGUUAAAUAAAUUAAUUCCGGCAACAUUUUAUGCUUUUCGUUUGGCUGCUGAGAACAGUAUUGGACGAAGUGAAUUUAGUGACACAAUUCAAUUUAGUACAUUAGGUACAAUUCCACCUGAACCUGAUCCACCAAUGUUAUGUGAAAAAAGUGUUAAAUAUUUAACAUUAUCAUGGAUAAAACGACCAAUUGAUGAAACAUUUACAUUACAAAUGAAUGAUGAAUCAAAUUAUUUUCGAAAUAAAUAUACAGGUCCAUUAUGUACCUAUACAGUUACUGAUUUAUAUCGAAAUACUGAAUAUAAAUUUCGAUUAGCAGCACAUAAUCAAGAAGGUCAAAGUAAUUAUUCUCCAAUAGCAACAUAUAGAACAUUACCUGAUCGUCCUGAUCCACCAGCUAAACCAAGAAUAAAAGGACAUAUACAAGCAACACAAUGUCGUAUUGUUUGGGAUCCACCAAGAGAUAAUGGCGGUGCAGAAAUUCAACAAUAUCAUCUUGAAUUAGAAGAAUCAAAAGGUUUUCAUGUUAUUUAUAAUGGUUUGGAUACAGAAUAUUUACUAGAACAACUUAUACCUGGACAUUCAUAUUCUCUUCGUUUAUCAUGUUCGAGUGCUGGUGGUCAUAGUGAUCCAUCAGAUAUAACACAAAUACGAACACCAGCUGUUGCACCAGCUUCUUGUCAUCCACCGAAAAUUUCCGGAAAACCAAAAGCAAAUUCAUUACAUCUUCGUUGGGCAUAUCCGGAUUAUGAUGGUGGUUCACCAAUAAUUGAUUUUGAAGUUCAAGUAACAAAUCCUGAUAGUUCAUCACGUAUUGUUUAUCGUGGACGUGAUCUUGAUUGUACUGUUGGUGGUUUAUUACCUGGUCGACCAUAUCUAUUUCAAGUUCGUGCAUUUAAUCGAGCAGGAGCUGGUCCAUGGUCAGAAUAUCUUGAUAUUCUAUCUGGUCCAGGUGUACCUGAAGCACCACGAAAUUUUGUUGUUGAAUGUCAGAAUCCAAAUAGUGCUUUAAUACGUUGGGAAGAAGGUGUUAAUAAUGGUGCAGCUAUAACUGAAUAUCGUCUUGAAUGGUCACGAAAAGAAAAUGAUUCAUUUAUGCAACUUUAUUGUGGAACAAAUUGCACAUAUGAAGCUAAAGGUCUUAUACCGGUUACACAUUAUUUUUUUCGAGUACAAGCAGUUAAUUCAGCUGGUCCUGGUCCAUAUAGUAUGUUAGCAUCAUGUGUUACAUCAGCAGCUGCUCCAUCAAUUGUUACUUCAGUAAAAGUACAUGCAAAAUCUACAUCAAUGACAAUAACAUGGAAAGAACCAGCAAAUAAUGGAUCACCUAUUACUGGUUAUUAUAUUGAUAUUGGUGAAAAAGAACUUAUUUUUGUAAAUCCAGAAUUUAAUGAAUAUACUAUUGAUGAAGUAUUACCUGAUACAACUUACAGAAUUCGUAUACGAGCUAUAAAUACUAUAGGACCUGGUCCAUAUUCAUCAAUAGUUAAAUGUCAAACAAAAAGUUUACCACCAGAUCCACCAAGACUUGAAUGUAUUGCUAUAACGUGUAAUUCAAUAAAAUUAAAAUGGGGUAAUGGUACAGCUAAUCAUACUCUAUCAUCAACAGAAUCAUCAACAAUAACUCCUCGUUCCAUAUCAUAUAUUAUUGAAAUGGAAGGAAAAGAUGGAAAUUUUAAUUGUAUUUAUACCGGUACAACAUAUUCACAUAAAAUAAAUAAAUUACAAGAAAAUACUCAAUAUAAUUUUCGUAUAUGUGCAAAAAAUGAUUCAGGUGCUGGCCCAUGGUCAGAAAUUUAUACAUUUACAACAACUAAAGCACCACCAAAUGCAUUAAAAGCUCCAAAUAUCAAUGAAAUAACUUCAACAUCAUGUGUAUUUAAUUGGCAAGCUCAUAAACCACUUGGUAAAGAUCCAAUAAGUUAUAUUCUUCAAUUACAAAUUUAUCGAAAAGAAAAUGAUUAUACAGAAAUCUAUCAUGGUGAAUCAACAUCAUAUCGUGCAACGAAUUUAGAAGCUGGUGUUGAUUAUCGUGUACGUGUUUGUGCUAUACGUUCGACAAGUGAAGGUUUAACAUUAAAUAGUCAGUUUAGUCCUGCAACACAUUUUGUUUUACCUCGACCUGAAGAUUUAGCUGCAGUUUUAUCUGUAUCAAAAACCUCACAUAAUCAUUCAAUAAAUGAUGAUUAUCAUCUAGAACAAAAACUUUCAUUUAUAAAUCGUUAUCGUUUAUUAUUAAAUCGUAAAUUAAAAUCUAUACAAUUAUUUGAAAGUCGAACAUUAACUGAUCAACAAUGGGCUAUUGUUAUAUUUGUUGGUUUUACAUUAUUAGCAAUAUUUAUAGCCAUAUUUGCUAAUUUUAUGUAUUCAAAAUAUAAUAAUGGUUCAUCAAUAUCAGUUGAUAAUGCCUUUUCUUCUUCUUCUCCGUUUUCUCCCGGCAUAAAAAAAUAA